CACCUCACUCCAACCUCGUCGUCACAACCACAACCACCACAAUCCAACAUGUCUGAGCCCGCCCCCCUCCGCCUCGGCUCCGUCGCCCCCAACUUCAAGGCCGAGACGACCCAGGGCCCCAUUGACUUCCACGAGUUCAUCGGCAACAACUGGGUCGUCUUCUUCUCCCACCCGGAGGACUUCACCCCCGUGUGCACCACCGAGCUGGGCGCCUUUGCCAAGCUGCAGCCCGAGUUCGAGAAGCGCGGCGUCAAGCUCAUCGGCCUGUCCGCCAACACGGUCGACUCGCACAAGGGCUGGAUCGAGGACAUCAAGGACGUCACCGGCGGCCACGUCACCUUUCCCAUCAUUGGUGACAAGGACCGCCAGAUUUCCCUGCUCUACGACAUGAUCGACCGCCAGGACGCCACCAACGUCGACGAAAAGGGCAUCGCCUUCACCAUCCGCUCCGUCUUCUUCAUCGACCCCAACAAGAAGAUCCGCACCAUCCUGUCCUACCCGGCCUCCACCGGCCGCAACGCCGACGAGGUCCUGCGCAUCAUCGACUCCCUCCAGACCGGCGACAAGUACCGCGUCACCACCCCGAUCAACUGGCAGCCCGGUGACGACGUCAUCGUCGCCCCCGUCAUCAAGGACGAGGAGGCCAAGAAGCUCUUCCCCAACUUCCGCGCCGUCAAGCCCUACCUGCGCUUCACCCCUCUGCCCGAGCGCAUACCGAGCAGCUGGGUACAACGCCUCUGCCAGACUCCCCCGAAAGCCGGGCUGACGCCGAGGAGCAAUGGCUCUGUAUCGGCAGGCAUGUCGCCCGCGAUUGCGCAGGGCCAGAUGCAGGCGCAGGCGCAGUCUCAGCAAGCUCACGGACAGUCUUCUACGCCGGUCGGCGGUCCCUCCCAGGGGUCCUCGGCCCAUCUAUCGGGAUUGAUGUGCAACGUACAUCGAACCACGGGCCAGGAGCCUCCGCCACUGGUUGGAGCCACGACGACGAUCCUCGGCGACAGCUUGUACGUUUUCGGUGGCCGUAUCCUCUCUCGAAGCCGGCCCGCGCCGCUGACCUCGGAUCUCUACGAGCUGGACCUCAUACGACGCCACUGGACGAAGCUCGAGGUCACGGGCGACAUCCCACCGCCGCGUUACUUCCAUUCCAUGUGCGCGCUUGGGGGGACCAAGAUGGUGUGCUAUGGAGGAAUGUCCCCGGCGCCUAACCAGCCCAUGGGGGCCGACCAGCAGCAGCCCGAGGUGACUGUCAUGUCCGACAUCCACAUCUACGACGUGCCGACCAAGAGGUGGUCCUACGUCCAGGCGCAGGAGACGCCGCAAGGUCGGUAUGCCCACUGCGCAUGCAUCCUCUCCUCGUCUGCCACGUUCUCCUCAAAGGAUGCUCCUCUCUCGGCUCUCCAGCACAAUCCGUCCAACGGCAACCCUAAUGAGGGCCGCAUCGGCAUCAACAUUGACGGCACAGGGGGCGCUCAAUUGGUCAUUGUUGGAGGCCAGGAUGGCGCAAACCACUACAUCGAACAGAUUAGCGUCUUCAACCUCCGGAGCCUCAAGUGGACGACGACCCAGCCGCUGGGCAAGAGCUGCGGCGCCUACAGGAGCGUUGCUGCAGCGCUGCCUCCGGCUGUCAGCGCAAGAAUCGGAAUGCAUGCCCAAAACAGCCAACAGCGCAACGACAGCACCGCUGGCCAGGAGUCCGGAUCGUCCAUGCUCAUCUACUCCAACUACAACUUCUUGGAUGUCAAGCUGGAGCUCCAGAUCCGAUCGCCCGACGGAACCCUGACGGAGCGGCCCAUGUCCGGGACGUACUCUCCACCCGGUCUUCGGUUCCCCAAUGGCGGCAUCAUCGACACUCACUUUGUGGUUAGCGGAACCUAUCUCACGUCCUCGAAGCAAGAAUACGCGCUGUGGGCUUUGGAUCUUCGAUCACUUACCUGGAGCCGCAUCGACGCGGGGGGCAGCGUGUUCAGCCAAGGCAGCUGGAACAGGGGCGUGUUGUGGAAUCGGCGGAAUACGUUUGUCAUUCUCGGCAACAGGAAGAGGAGCCUGGUGGACGACUACAACCACCGGCGCAUCAACUUCUCCAACGUUUGCAUGGUGGAGCUGGAGGCCUUUGGCUUCUACGACAACCCGCGCAAGGUGGACCCCAUGUCCGGCUUCGUCUCUGCCAGCAGCCCCUAUUCUGGUCUGAGCCUGAGUCUUGCGCGCAAGGCUGGCUCUACUGCUGGCGGCCGCUUCCACUCCCGGGCAAGCGAAGACCUGGGCGAAAAGGUCCUGGCAUUCCGGGAGCUUGCCGACAUGGACAUCCUGUGCAUCGGCGGCGAGCGGAUACCGGUCAACUCACGGAUCGUGGCGCGGCGAUGGGGCCCGUACUUUGUCCAGCUGCUACGAGAAGGGACGGCAACACAGGAUGGCAGCGACGCCGUGACCUUGCGGUCCGGCCUGUCCAGCAAUCCGCUGCGGACGUCAGCAUUGACCAUUACGCCGAAUCGAAACUUUGACGACACGGCGACGCUGGUGAGCAGCACGGGGGGCUCCGUAGCAGGCUCCUUCUCGGGGCCGUCUGACGAGGCAAUCGCAGCCGCCAACAGCGCCCCGACGCCUCGCAGCCUGAUGCCCAACUCGAGGCCGCGAUGCCUCUACCUACCGCACACGUACCUGACGAUCCAGGCCCUGCUGCACUUCUUGUACACGAGCUCCCUACCCUCGCCCACCUCUGCGCUGUGCACGCCGCAGAUCCUCUGCUCUCUGCUACAGAUUGCGCGGCCAUAUCGAAUCGACGGCCUCUUGGAAGCCGUCGUCGAGCGUCUGCAUGCCCUCCUCGACAGUAGAAACGCCGCGGCGGUGUUCAAUGCGACGGCCAUGGCCGCUGGCGGAGGACGCGGCAUCGACGGCUCUCUGAAUCCCAAUUUCUUCGUCGGCAGCCUGGACCCCAUCGGGUCUCCCGUCUCCACGUCGGACUUUUCCCUCAGCGGCACGACCGCCAAGGACUCCAUGUCGGACCUGGCUUCGCGCGCGGGCAGCCUGAGCGUCUCGGGCCUCCAGCAGCAUCCGGGGCGGUCAUCCAGCGGCGACGUCUCUGCGUCGACGAGCACGAGCGGAUCCGAAUGGGGCUCGGAGAUGGGCGACACCGAGCGGGAUGCCGUCAUCUGGAACGGAGAGCUCAGCAGCGUCAUUGGGCUGCAGAAGAGGGGCCUGCGAGGGCUCAUGGAGGGCCGGAGGAUGCGGGAGCGGACAGGGACGGGGACUGGGGGCGCGGCAGGCAUGGGAGCUGCCAACAUUGCAGGGUAUGGAGGUCAAGGCGGCGGCGGUGGCGGCGGGCAGCAGCGCGUAGGGCUGGGAAUUGCUGGGCCGGGAGUGAUUUAG